AAUGAAACAAAAAAAAAAUCCUCGAAUAGGUAUAUCUUUUUUGUCAUAUAGAACAUGUAAAACAAAUUUUAGCUAAAUCAAAAAUGUGUCGGUCAGAAAGAAAGGUGUUCGGUUUGUAAAAGAAUGUCCCUUAAGCACAAUUAGUGAUCUAUAUAAGAAUAACGUAAAAGAAAAACAGAGCACAUCAUAUCCGAUCCAUCUAGUGUAACAAUACUUGUGCGUGACGAUGGACACUCUACUAACGGUGAUAUCAUAUCUACCGAACUUCAGUUAUUCUCUACUGGCUAUAAUUAUCGCUACACUGAUCGCACAAUACUACUAUAUCGAGACCAAGUAUGCAGUGCAACUUUCACUGAAGUUACAACGUACGUAAGGGCUCCAGCGCGACUAGGACCUCAAUAAGAACUGAAACUCUCUAUCGUGCUAUGUCCCACUUUAUGUUUGAGUCAUAAUCGUUCGUUGUAAAUAAAUGUGCUAAAAUUACUGCCUAUCUUCUUCCAGAUCCACCACGUGCACCCAUUAUUGGACAUGCAUUACUAUAUCGAGAAUUUAAUCCAGAAAAUUUAAUAAUUACAGCCAGUACAUAUUUUGCUAAAUAUGGUCCAAUAAUAUCAUUGCAUCUAGGAAUAUAAGUUGAUGUCUUCCUAACAGAUGCGCAAGAUAUAGAGAUAAUCUUAAGCAAUCCUGAGCACAUCGAUAAACCCACGGAGUACAAGUAUAAAUCCAAUUCAUUAAUUGCCAGGCGGAACAGGUAGUCAGAAUGUCGCGAUAAUAAUAGAAUAAUGAUCGAAAAAUUCCUUAAGCCGUAGCUCGGAGAUAGUGUACUAAUCAAUAACGGCGCCACAUGGCUAAAACAGAGAAAAACAUAUGGGACACGUUUCGCAUGAAAAUAUUAAGGACGUAUGUGUCUGUAUUUUAUGAGAACAGCCAGGAUCUGAUUAGACGACUUGGCGAUGAAAUCAACCGACGAUUCAAUUGGCAAAAUUACUCAUCAGAGGUAGCUAUUAACACGCUGAUGGAAACAGCGAUGGGUGUUAGCAGAGAGAAGGUUCAACACAUCGGCUUUAACUAUGCAAUGGCCGUUAAGAAAAUAGACGAGAUCGUGCACAGACGGCACUUUAACCCUCGAGGCGGAGUAUUUAACCAAGAACACAGAAGACGACAUGAGCACAACCAUUACACGAGGGAUGAUCUCGAUGAUAUUGAUGAUAAUGAUGUGGGAGAGAAAAAGCGAUUCCCCUUGUUGGAGAUGCUGAUGGAUGGGAAGAAGAAGGGAGAAAUGACCGAUAAAGAAGUUUUAGAUGAUGUCAACAUUGCCUUGUUCGCGGGUUACAACACCGUAUCAACUACCGCGAGUUUCGUGCUUUGCACCUUGGGAUAUCUUUCGAAAAUUAAGGCACGUGUCCACGAAGAAUUAGACUCAAUAUUCUAUGACAGCGAGAGGCAGUGUACUUUCCAAGAUGCAAUAGAAAUGAAGUAUCUAAAAAGAGUUAUAUUGGAAACAUUGAGGCUUCUUCCUGCAAUACCACUAUUCGGUAGAGUGCUUAAUAAGGACGUAAGGAUAGUUACAGGCAAUUACGUUCUUCCAAAAGAUGCCACCAUUGCGACACUUCCAUUCAUGGCAUACCGUGCAGAAAAAUAUUACCCGAAUCCAUUAGUUUUUAAUCCAGACAAUUUCCUACCGGAUAACACGCAGCAGAGAAAUCCUUACGCUUAUAUUCCCUUCAGCGCCGGCCCGAGGUCGUGCUUGGGACGAAAGUUCGCUAUGUCGAAAAUGAAAAUUUUGCUGUCCACGAUAUUAAAGAAUAAUCACAUUGCUGUGGAGUUGACUUUAUCGACUCAUAACAGAAGAUAGGCAUUGGGAGAUGGCGGUGGU